AUGUCGCCACAGUCCGAUCGCUGCCCCUACAAAGAGCAGGGCAGCGGCAAGUACUUUGCUUGCCCGGCCCCAGCCUGUUCUCUCAGCUCGGCCGAGGAGGAGAUCGAAGAGACGUCCACGGCCAAGAGCGACUGCAAAAGGCGCAGCCGGGGCCGCGGCAAGCCUCGGAGCCAGAAGCUGGUGCAGAGGAUCAAGAAGAGCCGGCGCAUCAAGGCGAACAACCGCGAGAGGAACAGGAUGCACAACCUGAACGGAGCGCUGGACGCGCUGAGGGAGGUGCUGCCAGCGUUUCCCGAGGAUGCCAAGCUGACCAAGAUCGAGACGCUGCGCUUCGCCCACAAUUACAUCUGGGCACUGACCGAGGCUCUGCGGCUUGCCGAUCCUAGCGGGGACUCCAAUACCGAAAUGCCCGACAGUCAGUACCUGGACACGGGGCUGAGUAGCCCCAGCCCCGGGGCCUCGGCCACUUCGUGGAACAGCUUCAGUUCGCCGUCGUCCUCCUCGUAUACAUGCACUUUAUCGCCGAGCAGCCCCGGGCAGGCGGAAGACAUCUACUUCGGGCAAUCUGAGAGCCUGUACGCAGCUGCUAAACGCCAGUCUGGCUUUCUGCAAAGCCCUUCACAAUUCCAUGAAUUUAUUUAA